AUGAAGCCUUUUCUGUUUUUGAAUCCUCCUGAUACCGAGUUCUCCUCACAAGUUGAUACUAAUCACUCAAUGGCUCAUGCUGCUUAUCCUUACGUCGAUCCAAUUUUUGCUGGUCCAUUAGUUGCUUAUGCCCCGCAGGCUACUAACCAACCCCAAAUGUUACCUCAGAUGAUGGGAUUAGCAUCCAAUCGAGUUGCGUUACCACCUGAUCUUGCACAAGAUGGCCCCAUUUAUGUCAAUGCAAAACAAUACCAUGGUAUACUGAGAAGACGACAGUCACGAGCAAAGCUUGAGGCUCAGAACAAACUCAUCAAAAGUCGUAAACCAUAUCUUCAUGAAUCUCGGCACAAGCAUGCUUUGAAAAGGAUUAGAGGAUCCGGUGGGCGAUUUCUCAGCACCAAACAGCUUUCACAGUCUGGCAAAGAAUUUGUCUCUGGUUCAAAUUCUGGCGCUGGCUCUACCCACAAAUAUCAAAAGGAAGAUCACACAGAGAUGGGAAGUCAUCAUUCCUCGAAAACUGGAAAUAACGAAUCUUCCAUCACAACCUGUUCCGACCGCACAUGUUUUUCCGGUAACCAUUUCAAUUUUAGGCAGCCGGAGCACAUGUUUCUCGGGAAUUCUCCAAACAUGGGUGGAGGAGCACCACAAUGCAGUGGAGGACUCACGUUUGGGGGAACAAAACAACGCGCUUCGGUUCGAUGA